CACCAAUUAGUAACAUAAACUCAUUUCCUCCACUACUUUGAAAGCAAAGAAAAUCAUAUAUCAAGGAGGUGAAAUCAGCCAGACUGAUGGCAGCAACCAUCAUCAGGCCAACUCCAUUCCUCGGUCAGGCUCGGCCCACUUCUGCCGCCGCCAAUCCUCUCAAAGAUGGCCUGCAAAUGGCAGACUGGAAGUUCAGAAUGGGCAAUGAUCUGUGGUAUGGGCCUGACAGAGUGAAAUACUUGGGACCUUUCUCGGCCCAGACACCAUCGUACCUAACCGGAGAAUUCCCUGGUGAUUACGGCUGGGACACUGCUGGGCUCUCGGCUGACCCUGAGGCAUUUGCCAAAAAUCGCGCUCUUGAGGUAAUCCAUGGGAGAUGGGCAAUGCUUGGUGCUCUAGGAUGCAUAACCCCAGAGGUUCUGGAGAAGUGGUUGAGAGUGGAUUUCAAGGAACCUGUUUGGUUCAAAGCUGGCUCCCAAAUCUUCAGCGAAGGAGGACUCGACUAUCUUGGAAAUCCCAACCUUGUCCAUGCACAGAGCAUUCUUGCUGUGCUUGGCAUCCAAGUAAUCCUCAUGGGACUGGUUGAGGGCUACCGCAUCAAUGGCUUGGAUGGAGUUGGAGAAGGCAACGAUCUCUACCCAGGUGGUACCUACUUUGAUCCUCUCGGCCUUGCUGACGAUCCUCCGACAUUUGCAGAGCUGAAGGUGAAGGAGAUCAAGAAUGGCCGGCUUGCAAUGUUCUCCAUGUUUGGUUUCUUCGUCCAGGCCAUUGUCACAGGUAAAGGGCCAUUGGAGAACCUCUUAGACCAUCUGGAUGACCCAGUGGCUAACAAUGCAUGGGCAUAUGCCACCAAAUUUGUGCCUGGUUCUUAAGUAACUUGGAAUUUUCUGGAGCUCUCGUGGAUUGUUAUUCCCAAGCUUUGGAGAUUGAAAUUGUAAUGUGAUAACUUCAAUUUCCAUUUUGUUUUGGCAUUUUAAAUUGAAGCUUAUGAAGAUGAUUGAAUGAUGGCGCAUUGUUUCCUUCA